GCUCCCGGCUCCGCCAGCGGCUCGCAGCUCGUCCCGCUGCGCAGUGCAGCCCGGCCGGCCGGCGGGAGCGCAGCAUGGCCGUGACCCUCAACAGCCGCUUCCAAGGAGGCAAAGCCUACGGGCAGCGGAGAGCGCAGCAGGAGGGGCGGCUGGAGGAGAUCAACAAGGAAUUUCUCUGUGACCCCAAGUUCAGUGAUGAAGAGGAUCUGGAGGAGAAGCUUGCGGUGUUCAAAGAGAAAUAUAUGGAGUUUGACCUGAAUAACCAAGGCGAGAUUGAUCUAAUGUCUGUCAAAAGGAUGAUGGAGAAACUGGGGGCUCCGAAGACGCACUUAGAGCUGAAGAAGAUGAUCUCUGAAGUGACUGGAGGAGUUAGCGAAACCAUCUCUUACCAGGAUUUUGUCAACGUGAUGCUUGGCAAGCGCUCCGCCGUCCUUAAAUUAGUCAUGCUGUUUGAAGGAAAAGCCAAUGAAAACAUCCCAAAGCCUUCUGGCCCGCCUCCAGAGAGAGAUAUUGCCAGCCUUCCCUGAAGGCAAUAGGCUGAGAGCCAAAUCUGUCAGCACUAUGGUGAUCUUUAAGGAGGGUUACCUGUUUUGUUACUUUUACAUUGGUCAGUCUUAGUAAUAGAAACUAAUCUGCCGUAGAAGAGGAAUGACAAGGGAAGCCCAGGGACCCCUAGUCCACAGGUAGCUGUCUCUUUGCUGCAUCUCCUAGCCUGUUUCAUCUGUAGCAAAAGUGUAAACAUGAAACCAAAAAUAACUGCAACCCCACCUGUGGUUCUCAGGUAAGAAAUUGCUGAUUGUUCUCUGUGGUUUCUAGCAUGGAUUUCUCUGCUAGAAAGGGCUGCCUCCUUUUGAACAGGUGGAUCCUGAGCCACAGUGAAUCAAAUGCUGAAUCUGCAUUCGGCACAGAACAUCCUCCCGUCACUCCCAUGGGAAAUUGGCACGUUCUUAACGUGGCCUUGCUGCCAGUCACCACCUUGCUAUCUGCGUUCCCUGUGGCUGCUGUUGAGUACUGCUAUGCCACAGAUAGUGAAGUACCAUCUCUGCUCUACCCUACACCUCACAGCUUCUGACUAGUUCCUUCCCCACUGAACCUGAACAGUAAUUGUCCAGCCAAAUGCAGGUAAAUCUUUCACCAUUGUGGCUUGCUGUCCUAGACUAGGAUGAGGAGGUGGACGUACAUUUGAAACUGGCUGGAUGGCUAGGUCCUUGCCCAGGCAGGUGAGAACAGCCCUUUGGGGACAUAGUGGGGGGAUGCUAGCCAUUUGGGAGAAGGGCAGGUAACUGCUGAGGCUUGGAGGCCUGGAGCCUGACACUGAAGAAGGAAUCUUGGACCCCUCCCACAUACUCCUACAUCCCAUUGAACAGUAGGUCCCAGUAUCUGCUCCUCUGAUUUAUCCCAGCAUUAUUGGGUCUGAGCCUAGUGCCCGCUGUUAAAUUUCCCCAGAACACCUGUGACACUCGUCCCUGUCCCAGUUCUGUUGCCUUUUCACUAGCCAAAGUGGACCCCAGUUACAGAUCGAUACCUCUCCACCUGUCCUGGCUGAGGAAAAGCUCCACUCAGCCCUCCUGCACCAUGUGGCAUCCUCUAUUUUCAUGGAGCCUGUUGCUUUGUGAAUGAUGCAGAACUCCCUGUUUUACUGCUGAGAUUUGACCUCAUGCCCUGUGAAGCUCAUGGCAGGGUUUGAGGAGACAUUAUGGUGUUGGGCUGGAUAUUUACAUCUUACUGUUCUAGAAGUUGCUAUGGUAGGUUAAGAGGAGAGGCGAGGGAGCCCUGUAAAACUCUGUUAGCUCUCCUUAGCUCUCCUUAUGUGCAUAAGAGCCACUGCUGCAAUACAGUAAAUACUGAGUGCUGUGUCUUUUGGAGCUUUAAGUCAAUACUCUAAGGAUCACUUUUUUUAAGGUAAAGAGCUGGCCUUACUGAACGCAUGCUCAUGAGUGGCUAUCCCAGUAGAACUAAUUCCGACUUGGGAAAACAUCCAGUUCCAGGAUGCACUGGAUCUGGUGCCAAACUGAGAUGGCUCUUUGGGACUCUGUUUCCUUUCGUUGUUGAUCAGGAGAGUGGAAGAGAUUUUGCUGGAGUUAGUUACAUCUUGCAUGUGUCUUCCUGAACUAGGGUGCAAAUCUGUGAGAGUCUGGAUCUGUUAAAGCCUCUGAGUGAGAUCCUGGCCCUACUGAAAUCAAUGGGAAUUUUGCUGUUGACUUUCUAAUGAGGCCUGGAUUUCCCACUCUGUCUUGCAGUUCUAAGGCAGGUUAAAUCCUCACUGACAUCUUUCAGUAUUUUGCCUGCCCACGGUGUAAGAUUAAGCCCGAAGUGUACUUCUCAAGCUCUCUGCAGGAACAUGUUUGCUUAUAUGGUAACUACUAAAGAAUCCACAAGUGACUUAAAGAAGCUCAUACCAGCAAUGAGACUAAAAAUAGGCAAGAAUUGCCCUCUCGAUCACAAUCACUGGCCUCCAACCAGAAGACAACAAAAAACUUCCAUCUGUGACUAUGGUGCAGGACAGAGAGCAAGCGCCCUGGAGGGUCCCUCUUUGACCAAGGGGAAUAAGCCCUUGCAACUGUGAUCUCCUUUUUAGAAAUUAGAGAAACUAUUCUGUUAAGUCAUCUGUGGUAGAAGCUGUUGAUCCAUUGUCUGCUUAUAUUUAUAUAGUUAAAAUGUAAACUUCAUAAUAUAUUGGGUUUGUUUUCCUUGUAAUGUGAAUAAGUAGCUGGCUUCUGAAGCUUGCAGCCUCCCUCUUCUCUAGUGACCGAUCCGUUCAAUUGCCUAGAAUAAAUCCUGUUUUAAGAGCUAGUUCAACUGGCUGUAUCUUGCACCUGAAAUGUUGGGGGUGGUGGGAGAACAAGCCCAGCUUUUAUGCCUUCGAAUUUCACAGAAAAGGCCUGUGAUGUUCUGAACCUGUAAGUGAAGGAAAUGGGACUCCAGUCUGAGUCCUUAAACUGGCCCAGAAAGAAUUGUGGAUGUGUCUGUUUGUCUAUAUUGAUGCUCUCAAAACCUCACAGAUUAGACCUUUCUCCUGCAAACAUACUCCUUCCUAUGUGCUUGAAUUUAUUCUCAUGCAGUCAGUUGACUUCAAUGGGACUACUCUGCGAUUAAAAUUGAGCACAUGACUUUUUUUUUUUUUUAUGGGAACAGGGAUCUUGUGUCUCACUUUUUGGGGCAGGGAAAGACUCCCCUGCAUACCAAAACUUAGAUCUAGCAGGACUGUGCUCUGGACAUCAAAGUGUUCAUUGCAGUGUACUCUGUAUUUACAAUGCUUGGAACCCAGUUGUUUGCCGCUGGGGUUUCAUUGCUUAUCGUGUUUCUUCCCUCCCCCUCCGGCUUUUUUUCCUUUGUCCUUGCCAGCUUUUAACUUUGUGGUGUUUUUUUAAAUCAUGGCUUAAAUAAAAACAGAUACCCAAUU